CGGCGGCUGGGUGCAAAGUUGAGAGUAGUUCCUAGUCUGAGCCUUUCCGUCACUCUCCAGCAUCACCAGUACCACGGACUCCACCCUGCCGCGGCCCCUCAGCGAUGAGGUGCAGCUGCCACUCGACCAGCCAUUCAAACUCCUCCCCACGACACACUGAAGCAGCGACGGCACAGCGGGAAGAAUGGAAAAUGUUUAUAGGAGGCCCUGGCUGGGACACUACAAAGAAAGAUCUGAAGGACUACUUUUCCAAAUUUGGUGAAAUUGUAGACUGCACUCUGAAGUUAGAUCCUAUCACAGGGCGAUCAAGAGGUUUUGGCUUUGUGCUAUUUAAAGAAUCGGAGAGUGUAGAUAAGGUUAUGGAUCAAAAAGAACAUAAAUUGAAUGGGAAGGUGAUUGAUCCUAAAAGGGCCAAAGCCAUGAAAACAAAAGAGCCGGUUAAAAAAAUUUUUGUUGGUGGCCUUUCUCCAGAUACAACUGAAGAGAAAAUAAGGGAGUCCUUUGGUGGUUUUGGUGAGGUAGAAUCCACAGAGCUCCUCAUGGACAAGAAGACCAAUAAGAGGCGUGGCUUCUGCUUUAUUACCUUUAAGGAAGAGGAACUGGUGAAGAAGAUAAUGGAAAAGAAAUAUCACAAUGUUGGUCAUAGGAAAUGUGAGAUAAAAGUAUCUAUGUCGAAGGAACAAUAUCAGCACCAGCAACAGUGAGGAUCUAGAGGAGGAUUUGCAGGAAGAGCUCGUGGAAGUGUUGGUGACCAGCAGAGUGGUUAUGGGAAGGUAUCCAGGUGAGGUGGUCAUCAAAA